UUCACUACAAUGGGCGUGGAGACCUGAGCUUCGGUUUUCUUAAUUUUUCCGUCCAUUUCAGCUCGUCACUACCACCUUUCUUUUUAACGGGGACAACAUGGCUACUGCAGCGAGCCGUUACUACAGCGAAGACGGCAGGGCAACGAAACGACAAAAAACCGACGGAAUGGCCACGGGAUACGAAGACCCACACAAGACACUUCCCUCGGUGGUGGUCCACGUCCGUGGGCUGGUGGACGGCGUCACAGAGGCUGACCUUGUGGAGGCUUUGCAGGAAUUUGGAGCCAUCAGUUAUGUGGUGGUGAUGCCAAACAAGCGUCAGGCUCUGGUGGAGUAUGAGGAUAUGAACGGGUCGUCUACGGCUGUGACCUACGCCGCAGACAACCAAGUGUACAUUGCUGGCCAUCCAGCCUUUAUCAACUACUCUACAAGCAAAAAAAUCUCCAGACCUGGGGACUCUGACGACUCCAGAAGUGUUAAUAAUGUCCUUCUGUUCACCAUCAUGAACCCUAUCUACCCCAUCACCACGGAUGUGCUCUACACCAUCUGCAACAACUUGCAAAGUGCUCAGCGGGCCAAGGCGUCACUCAACGGAGCCGACAUUUAUUCUGGCUGCUGCACGCUGAAAAUCGAGUACGCAAAGCCCACUCGUCUGAAUGUGUUCAAGAAUGACCAAGACACCUGGGACUACACAAACCCCAGUCUGGGGGGACCAGAUGGUGAUGCAGAUGGCAAUGGCAGCAAUGCAGAAGACGUGAACGCCAACCCAAACAAGCGCCAGAGGCAGCCCGCUCUGCUGGGUGACCACCCUCCAGAUUACGGAGGUGGCUACCAUGGUUACGAGGAGGGCUACGCAUCGCCACCCUACGAGGUCCGCCGGAUGGGUCCCCCCAUGAGGGGACGCGGAGCUCGGAGCUAUGGGCAGGGCUACGGGCCGCCGCCCCCCCCUCCCGGCGAGUACGGCGCCCACGCCGACUCGCCAGUGGUCAUGGUUUACGGGCUGGAGCCGGUCAAGAUGAACGCCGACCGCGUCUUCAACAUCUUCUGCCUCUACGGGAACGUGGAGCGGGUGAAGUUCAUGAAGAGCAAACCGGGCGCCGCCAUGGUGGAGAUGGGCGACUGCUACGCCGUGGACCGCGCCAUCACCCACCUCAACAACAACUUCCUGUUCGGCCAGAAGCUGAACGUGUGCGUGUCGAAGCAGCAGGCCAUCGUUCCGGGCCAGUGCUACGAGCUGGAGGACGGCACCAGCAGCUUCAAAGACUUCCACGGCUCCCGGAACAACCGCUUCACCUCCCCCGAGCAGGCGGCCAAGAACCGCAUCCAGCACCCCAGCAACGUGCUGCACUUCUUCAACGCCCAGCCGGACGCCACGCCGGAGGUCUUCUCUCAGAUUUGCGACGACAUCGGCGUCAAAAGCCCCGUAAACGUCAAAAUGUUCACCGGAAAAAGUGGAGCCGCCCCCAGCGACCGCAGCGCCUCGGGGCUGCUGGAGUGGGAGUCCAUCAACGACGCCAUGGAGGCCCUGGCCCUGAUGAACCACCACCAGAUGAAAAACCCAGCCGGACCGUACCCCUACACCCUGAAGCUGUGCUUCUCCACCGUGCAGCACGCCAACUGAGGCCGUCCGGCCGCAGGAACAAGAUCGGUCCGCCAUUCCCAUGUUCACGUGUACUUUAACCAUGACUGCUUUCAACUCGCCCGAAGGAGGAAUUUGAUUUGAAACCAUCCUGAACUGUGAACUUUAACCCCUCACAGUCAGAAAUUGAUCCCUGAUGUUGAAAUGGCCUCGUUUUGAUACACCGGGCUGCGUAUUAAUGAACGACAGGCAUUUCGAUUUGACGUUUGUGCCCCAGACGUGGUGAGGAGUCUCAGC